AUGUCUCGCCGUAGUAAGAAGUGCUGCUGGGAUGCCAACGAUUGGCUACCGGCCGAAGUCAUAUACUGGCUGAAUGUGCCCAGUUUUCCGCCGGUCUGGAGUCGUUUAAGCAAAAAGAACUCGGCCAAUGUGCCGCGUUGCAUAGCGGCAAGCAAGUGCGGGGUCUACGACAUCGAAAUCCCGAAUGAGCUUUGGUCGCUAUGGGGCUAUCUGCAUCCGUGCAACCAAGUCUUCAAUCCUAAACCGUGCGGCAAGCAAAGUUGGGCCUGCAAUAUAGCGGCUUGCUGUGCGGCAAAACUCUAUCCGCUGGCGCAAUGGAAGCCACACCUCUUGGACAGCAUUGUGAUCAAUGGCGAUCGUUAUUAUUACAAUAGUUUGCGUAAAUUCCGCGGUGAAACCUAUCAAUUCACGCUAAAUGACCUGUGUGAUACUUGCUGUUUGGACAACUUCCGCUUUAAAGUGCACAUUGAGAUGGUUUCAUAUGGCGCACUCUACGAGCAAGACAACUCGCCUAUAAAGAAUUUAGCCAAGAGCCUGAUCAACUUCUUCAGUCAACAUAAGGUGGGUCUCCUGCAUUGUCGGCACCUGCGUGCUCUGGUCAUUGGACGUGAUAAUUGCAACGGUUGCGUUGGUGGCGAUUACUUCAUGUUCGACUGCCAGAGCAAGGAUUAUCCACUCUUCGGCAAGGGUGACUGUAGGCCCUACUUGCUGCGCUGUAAGACGCUGCAAAUGCUGCUAUACUGCAUUGUGAUGGCGCUUGAGGUGCGCUGCAAGAGAGUACAGUUUACAUUGCAUAAAGUUGGCAUCCGUUAUGAAGGUCCAAUACUCGAAGAUCAGGAUGAGGAUGAAUUAAAGAAGUUGCAGCGAAUCAUUGCAAGAAGAAAGGAGAAACCCGUUAAAGCGGGAAUUGCGAAAAUUCGAAAUAUUUGUAGAAGCAUUCAGUGUCCGAAGAGAUGAGAAACAUAUUUAAUUGUGACAUAAAGUUAUUACCCAGAAACCCGUUACCCCGAUUUGAAACAAAAAAUAACCCGUACAGAUUUAUGACAUAGACCUACAUAAUUUUAAUGGGCAGUGGAAUGUCCAAUUGAGUCGAGAUAUGCAAAGCUGAUGUUUACUCCUAUAAGGAUUUGGCAAAAUCGUUGAAGAGUCCUUAAAAAUACCAGCGAGUUAUUGCUCUGAAAGCUUUGUGUGUCAGUUACAAAUAUCCACAAAGAAAUAAGUUUGUCUACUGAGCCAUUGAAAGUUCAAAACUAUAAUCGUCGGUUUGAAUAUGUCUUGUACUCUCGAUCAGCUCUGAUUUCGGACUCCAUACCACUGUAAAGUUUUUAAAGCCGGCGAUGGAA